AAAAUUUCUCGCCUUUUCAAGCCGCUCACCGCCUCCAUCAACCCAAGAGUCCAGAAGCCAACGUUCUAAGUUUUUCCGAUGAAAUCGGAGCGGGGUUCUUGCGACGAGAUUCCUGUUUUCAUCGACACCAACAUCGGCACCCAUUUGGCAUUGUCCAUUCCCCCCGACAUCAAAGCUGGCGAUCUCAAAAGGAGGCUUGAGAAGGAGCAUUUGUCAUGUUUUGGAAAUCUUGGAGAAAUCGUAGUCCAUACGCUGAUGGUGAAAAGGAGAUCAUAUUUUUAUCAUCUACCAGAUUCAUUGCCUAUAAAGAGUGCAUUCCAUGGGAUUCGAAGAACUUGGUUCCUUCAGAUGAAUGCAUCUAUGUUGCAGAACAUUGAAUCGGAUGAAUCACCAUUGAAGCGUACACAAAAUCAUAAAGAUCAAAUGAUACAAUCAAGUGAAGAAGAACCCUCCACACUGAGCAACAGCGAUAUUACACAAUGCUCUCAGCUUGAGAAUCUCAUCACCUUCAAAGAUAAGAGUAGGGUUUCAGUUGUCAAUGGAGAACAACCAGAAACUCACCCUGUUCCUAUGGAUAACGGAAAUGCUAACCAUUUGUUAUCUGGGCAUCAACUUGAGAGUCGGGAUGCUCCCAGCAUGAAUAUUUCUAAGGAAAUAUCGGUCACAGGUAUUAUAUCAAGGUACUUCUCUGACUCUGAUGGGGUAACUUCAUGUAGAAAGAAGCAUAAACAAAAGUUUGAAGAGACCCACAUGAAUGAUAUCGCUUCUUUAAUUAGAGCUUCAAAUUUUUUAGUUGAUCAAGUAAGCACGAAGAGGUUGGUGGAGUCAGAUACUGAUUCAUUGUGCUCCGUUAAUAAUGUCAUCAUCUCCGAUAUGAAGCAGUUUAAAGCUGCUAGCUCAGUUGUUAGAAAGAGAACAAGGAGAUGUAGAAGGAUGUCUCAAUUUCGAUAUUCUGAAAAGGCUCAAGUCGGUAAGAAACUUAUCCAAGCAGCGAAUAAUAUUUCAAUUUCUGGCAGCUGGAGAAAAUUAUCAAGGCCAACGUUCAUGGAGAGGUGUGGGAAUUUGCUAGCGCAUGAAUCAGGUGGUUUAGUUAGGAACCUUGCCUUUGAGAUUGAUGUUUUGGAUGAUUGAAGUAGCAUUUACUGGGAGCUACUGAGCCUACGGAGGCUGGAGGAUGGCCUUAUCAGUAAUGGAUCAGGCAUUUUUUUGGUGAAAUCCAUGUAUCGAUAGGGGAGCCAACGGAACCUCGUAAAUCAUAGAAAAACCCCUCUGAACGCCCUGAACUCUGUGAAUCAUUUCAAAAUUAUAUUAAACCGCCUGAACUAUUGGAUAUUGGAAAUUAGACUACCCCUUUCUUAUUUUUGGAAUUAGGGAAGCUAUCUUUAGUAGAUA